AUGUCCACAGACGCAGACCUCCAAGCCGAGAUUGCUCGCGCAGCCAAAACUCUCGCAGGGGUCUCCGCUGCUGCGAGUACCAUCUCCAUCCUAGAGUCAGGCCUCCAAAUAUUCAUGGCCAUAUACGGUCUCUCCGUCUGGCUCGACACCUCAGAAGAACAGCGCAAACGGCGUCUACCAUACAUCCUCCUGAGCUUUUCCAUCCUCUUCUUAUCCGUCAUCCCCACCUACCUAGGUGUCGCCGACGAGUUCAAAGUCUUAUACAACUCUGGUCCUGGGAUUGAGUAUCUGGAUAUGAAAGAUGCCGCUCGAUCCAAAUGGAACCAGAUGCUCUCGUAUGCGUUGAUCUUCGCUGGAAAUUCUGGUGUUCUAGUGAGUGGGUCUUUGGUGCUCUAUCGCUGCAACCUAGUCCGGUAUGAUCUUCGCUGGAUCAUCAUCCUCCCAAGAGCGAUCUACCUCGUUCUAAACGGCCUCUCGGCCUACACCCUCUACGAAAUCUCCAAACUCGACCAAAACGCCACAGCCAACGUCCACCUGAGCGUGGCCAUGCUCCUCCUCAACGUAAUCUUCUACAUCCUCGUCACAAGCCUCAUCAUCUUCCGCCUCCUCCGCGGGCACAGCGCCGUUGCUAAAGUCCUCCCUGGGCGGAGCUUUACAGCGCACAGAGGAGCCAUCAGCAUCCUCGUCGAAUCCGCUCUGCCGUUGACGAUAUGCGGGUUCAUCUCCGGCGUCGUAAAUGCCCAUAUCAAUAUCGGCAAAGGCACGCAGAAUUGGGUCACGAUGUUCGCUGUGGGGUACAUCUUCGAUGCCCUAUCCACUUGCUGA